UUCAAUUCAACCACUUUCUAUUCUCCUCUCAAAUUCUACAUUACAAUUUGCACAUCACAAAAACAAGUUUUUCAUUUUUGUCACACAGAUAAAACUACAUGGUGAUGGCUACAAGGGUUGUUUUGGUGACAUUUGUGUUACUUGUGUUGUUUGCCAUUAACUGUAAAUCCUCUAGUGUUGGUCACACGCCCUCAAAAGAAGAGGAAGGUCGUGAUUUUCAAGAUGUGAAAGCCAAGACCAUGGAAACUGCCAACAAAGCAGCAGAAACGGGAAAGGAAGGGAAAGAAGCCGCAGAAACAUGGACUGGAUGGGCCAAAGAGAAACUCACUGAAGGACUUGGCUUCAAAGAUAAGGAUAGCACCACUCACAAAGCAUCUGACUCUGCUUCUGAUGCUGCACAAAAAACCAAAGAUUAUGCAAGUGAAACUGCACAAAAGUCUAAGGAAACUGCUAAGAAAGCCUCUGAUCAAGCCCAAGAUGCUGCUGAGAAAACCAAAAACAAUGCUUGGGAUGCUUCUAAAAAGAUAAGAGAUUAUGCCACUGAUGCUGCUGAGAGGACCAAACAUUGUACCGGUGAUGCUACUGACAAAACUGGUUGUUAUUAUGAAGACGAUGCUGCAGAGGAUACCAGAGACUUUGCUGGUGAAACUUUGCAUAAGGCUAAAGAAUAUGCUACGGAUGCUGCAACAAAAGCUGCACAGAAGGCCAAAGAAUAUGUCACUGGUGCCGCGCACAAGACUCAAGAGUAUGCAGGUGAUGCAGCGGAGAAGACUAAAGAGUAUGCCAGUGACGCCACAGAGAAAACCAAAGAUGCAGCAUAUAAGACUAAAGAUUAUGCUGGUGAUGCAGCAUAUAAUACUGCAAAGAACACUAAAGACUAUGCAGGCGAUGCGGCGGGGAAGACAAAAGAUGCAGCAUACAAGACAACAGACUAUACUGCAGAAAAGGCCAAAGAGUAUGCAAGUGAUUCUGCAGAGAAGACGAAAGAUACUGCCCAGAAGACUAAAGAGUAUGCUGGUGAUGCUGCACAAAAGACUAAAGAGUAUGCUGGUGAUGCUGCACAGAAAACCAAAGAAUAUGCUGGUGAUGCUGCACAGAAGACCAAAGAUGCUGCAUAUAAGACCAAGGACUAUGCUGGUGAUGCUGCACAGAAGGCCAAAGAUUAUGCAGGUGAUGCAGCAUACAAGACAAAAGACUAUGCCAAUGAUGCUGCAGAAAAGACCGAAGAGUAUGCCAAUGAUGCUGCUCACAAGACCAAAGAGGCUUCAUACAAUACCAAAGACUACGUCAAUGAUGCUGCUGCUCAGAAGACCAAAGAGGCUUCUGAAUCUGCAAAGGAUGCUGCUCAGAGGACCAAAGAGGCUUCUGAAUAUGCAACUGAUAGUGCUCAGAAGACCAAAAAUAAAUUGGGUGGAAGACGUGGAGAUGAUGAGCUUUGAGCUUUCUUAUCACUUGUUUUGCCAACAAUUCUGCUGUCAUAAAUGAGAAGAUCCUAUGUGUGUAUAUAACUUUGUAGUAUGUGUCUUUGUUUUGAUGUUUGCUAGUGCUGUGUUUGGUCUCUCAUGUUAGCAACCACAUAGCACAAGUAGGAACAUUUUGUAUGUCGUAUAUGCUUUUGUUUUUCUAAAACCUUAAGAAAUAAUAAUAGUUGCAAUUCUCACA